AUGGCGGGAAAAAUUGAAGGGCUUAUCACAUUGAAUUUGAGCUACCCUUACAAAUCGAAUAAUAUUCUGAGUUCGUCCGAAGUCUGUGUUAUUGGCGAUUUACCAUGGUGAGUAGGAGGCAGUGCAAUUCGGCCUGGGAUUCUAGGCUUAGGAUUCUAGGCUUAGAAUUCUAGGCUUAAGAUUCUAGGCUUAGGAUUCUAGGCUUGGAAUUCUAGGCUCAAGAUUCUAAGCUCAGGAUUGUAGGCUUAGGAUUCUAAGCUUAGGAUUUUAGGCGUAGGAUUCCAGGCUUAGGAUUCUAGGCUUAGGACUCUAGGCUUAGGAUUCUAGGCUUAGGAUUCUGAGCUUUGGCUUCUAGGCCUAGAAUUCUAGGCUUAGGAUUCUAGGCUUAGGCUUCUGGGCUUAUGCUUCUAGGCUUAAGAUUCUAGGCUUAGGAUUCUAGGCUUAGGACUCUAGGCUUAGGAAUCUAGGCUUAGAAUUCUAGAGGCUUAGGAUUAUAGGCUUACAAGAAUUCUGAGCUUUGGCUUCUAGGCUUGGGAUUCUGGGCUAAGGAUUCCAGGCUUAGGCUUAAGAUUCCACAUAGGUUUGGGCUUCUAGGCUUCUAGCCGAUUAGAGUUCUAAGUUCAGAUUUCUCUAAUCAUUUUCCAAAUUCUGCAGGUACAUCUCCUAUCAUUUCCACGAAAUCUCCGGCAAAGAUCAACUUGCAAUAAAUCUAAACUGCAAUAAUUCAAGCAAUCUUUGGUCAUGCGAUGCUCAAGUCGAAAUUCGUCUUCUUCCACGCGAAAAGAAACCAGGUCUCAUCAAAACCUUCAAAAAUACUUUCAACGCAAAAUCGAGGAGCUCAGGAAUCGCCGAUUUUUCAUCGAGGGUUGAAUUGAAGCCGAUGGUUACAUCAGCGGGUGAACAUGAGACGCAUAAAAUCGAAGCUUCGAUUGUUUUGACAAAUAUUCGAGGAGUUUUGAAUGUCCCAAAUAUCGAUUUUUUGGGAGAUGUAGGUCCUUUUUUUGCAAUUCAAAAAAAUUCGAGGGGUUUUUCCAGAUCUCCGAUGAUAAUCUGAGCAAUGUCACAUUCAUUUUCGACUCCGAAAAAUCGCAAAAACUUCACGCCAACAAAUCCUAUCUCUCCCUUCACUCUCCAGUUUUCAAAUCAAUGUUUUUCUCAAAUUUCGCCGAGCAAAAUCAAGAGCAAAUUGUGCUCGACGACAGUUUCGAGGAGUUUCACGAGUUACUUCAAGUCAUUUAUCCAACUCGAAAACCGAUUGACGAGAAAAAUGUGGAGUUUUUGAUACGGUUGGCUGAUAAAUAUGCCAUUACUCAUGUUAUGUAUGAGUGUGAGAGAUUUUUGAUGGAAUCGGAGAAGGUUGGGGUUAUUCAGAAGUUGAUUGUUUCGGAUGAUUUAUCGCUGGCUAAACUUCAGGUGGGAUUUUUUUUUUUGGAAAAUUAAAUUCCGGUCGGAAAAUUGAGCUAUGACGUGGCAAAAAUACCGUAUGAAUUUUUUUCCAGGACAAUUGUUUCCGAAAAUUGGUGCAAAUCGAGCAAAUCACCUCAUUGCGUGAAACUAAAGGCUACGAAAAACUCAGCGAAUCUGUCAAAUUGGAACUUUUGGAGAAAGUUUUUCAGAUUUUAAAGAAGUGA